GUCGUGUCAACAUUAGAUCUUACAUACUAUUGGUAGCGGACGGUCGUGCUGAGCUGCUCUCCCAUCUCUGGUGUCUCUGUGAAACAAUAUUCCUCCAGUGGACGAACUAUAAGUGACAUAAUGGUGUCUUCAGUGCACGUUGAGCCGGUGUCUCGGACUGACCAGUACAAACGGGUGAUGAAGCCCAUGCUGGAGAGGAAGAGAAGGGCUCGUAUAAACCGCUGCCUGGAUGAGCUGCGAGACCUCCUGGUGGCGGCGCUGCAGGCGGAGGGUGAAACCGUCACGCGCCUCGAAAAGGCUGAUAUUUUGGAGCUGACAGUCCGUCACGUUCGGCGUCUUAACCAGAGGCGCUGCCUGACGCUGCCCCCGGGUGGUCACGACCCGCGCCACGACGCCCUUAAGUUCCAGCAAGGCUUUGUAGCGGCAGCACAGCAGGUGCAGUCUUUCCUCAUCGCUUCACCAUCGCUGGAGCCAUCAGUAUCCUCACGACUCAUCACUCACCUAACAUCCUGCGCCUCGGCUAUAUCUGGGGUGCCCUCGUCUCCCCCAGCCACUGCAGCGCCCUCUACAGGGUCACCUUCUGCACCUCCCGUGGUUGUAACAGCCCCUCGACCUGCUCCCGUCCGACAGGUAAUUCUUCCCUCUGCUUCCCCGCCUAUGUCUCCGCCUCCACUCAUGGACCUGAGCAUGAAGCCCGCGCCCAAACUAGUGGCGCCCACGCCCAUCCGCGAGAUGCCCCAGGACCUAUCAAUGCGGCGGCCAGCCCCCAGGGACCAGGCAGACCAGCACUUCGACGGAAUUAAGGGGUCGUGGAGGCCUUGGUGAUCACUACAAGUUACAGACGAUAUUGUGAUUAGAUUUCUUGGUUCUGACGCAGCAGGAAUGGUCCUAUUUUUUCCCUGCGAGAGCUGUGGACAAUGGAGUGCCAUUCGUCGGCGCCAGAGUGGAGCGCACAACGUGUGGAUUCGACGUGCCAAAUUGGAGCCAGCCAUGUGUAGGGAGUGCCUCGUAGAGCUUUGAGUACAAGGUGUGAGAGCUGUGAGUGUAGGAGGCAGCAGCACCCGAGGGCUGGCACCCUCACCUCUCCAGUGUGUAUUGUGAUACAAGAGUUUGUGAUAGUUCAUAGCUAUUUUUGUACAUAUGUCUAAUGUUUUGCACUGUGAUAAUGUAACGAUUAAAAAAUGUUACCUUUCGCCACUGUAUAUACAAAAACUACAUUGAUCCUUCUUGAAAGGAAGACAACUCCGAGAGUCUUUCAUGAAAUGUACAAAGAUAGAAGUAUUAAGUGUUAGGUUUGUGGAGGUACGAGCCACAGCCUUGCAACAGUAUAUAGAUCUGAGUAGAAGGUUCACUGUUUGUGUUAGACAUAAUCAUGAUCGUCUGUAGUUACAAACACGAUCGGAUGCCCAUUCAUGUCACAAGAUUUGUUAAGUUUAAGUUGUGUAUUUGACCUGCAACCACUACUUAAUUCUCUCUUACUUGUUUGGUAUAUAGUGACCUACGGGAAAGGCCUGCAGACCCUGGGGUUCCCGAGUGACCCAUGGGAAGGCCUUGAGGCUCCGGGAGGGGGUGCAGACCACAUGUAUUAUUUGUGAUAUUCACUUCUGUGAUGGAAAUAAAAGACUUGAUUCUUCUUA